UUAUUAAAAACAAUAACAAUAAUAAUAAAAAUAAUAUUCAAACUAUUAUUACGGUUUCACGCAUAAAUUUAAUUUUAAAUAAUGUACGUUAAACUGUUUUUAAUUGUGCUAUUGUUGAGUAUAAAUUCAGUUAAAGCUGACUGCGGUUGUAGUACAAAUCGAGAUGCAUCAGUUACUGUAGAAGAAGAAACAUGUUCAACUAUAAAUGUAGAUACUUCAUAUACUUUAUCUCUUGAUUCAAUGGUCCUUAUUAGAGGAGGAAAUUUUACAAUAGGUACAGAUAAACCUGUGAUCAUAGCUGAUGGUGAAUCGCCUGCGCGUUUAGUGUACAUUGAUGACUUUUUUAUUGACAAAUUUGAAGUUAGUAAUUUCGAUUUUAAACAAUUUGUUGACAAAACUGGAUAUAAAACUGAAGCAGAAAAAUUUGGUGAUUCUUUUGUUUUUCAACUAUUUCUCAGUGAAAACGCUUUGAAAGAAGUCACGCAAUCUGUUAAGGAUGCUCCAUGGUGGGUGCCUGUUAAAGAAGCCAUGUGGAAGCAUCCUGAAGGAUUGGAUUCUGACAUUGAUGACAGAAAAUUGCAUCCAGUAGUACAUGUUAGUUGGAAUGAUGCUACAGAAUUUUGUAAAUGGGCUGGAAAAAGAUUACCUACUGAAGCAGAAUGGGAGGUAGCUUGCAGAGGUAAUCUUAAAGAUAGGCUCUAUCCAUGGGGCAACAAAUUGCUUCCUAAUAACAAACAUAGAAUAAAUAUAUGGCAGGGGAAUUUCCCCUUUAAGAAUACAGCCGAAGAUGGUUGGGCAGCUACAGCGCCUGUAAACCAAUUUAAAGAGAACGGUUACGGACUAUACAAUAUGGUUGGAAAUGUAUGGGAAUGGACAUCUGAUUUUUGGAAUGUACACCAUGAUCCAAAUUUUACAAUAAAUCCAAAAGGACCUUCAAGUAGUAAAGAAAAAGUUAAAAAAGGAGGCUCAUACUUAUGCCAUAAAGAUUACUGUUACCGUUAUAGAUGUGCUGCACGAAGUCAAAAUACAGCAGAUAGUUCAGCAUCCAAUUUGGGUUUUAGGUGUGCAAAAAAUAUUAAAUAAAACUACAAUUUUAUUUAUUUUGUGAUAUUAAUGAAUUAAUUGUAUAAAUAAUGUUAUGUAAUGUAACAAUAUUUAUAGAAAUACACUUUUUACUAAAUGAUUUUCAUAUAUUAUAUAUUUAUACAUUUUUGUACGUAUGGUUUAUAAAAUACUAUUCUAUA